ACUAAGGUUGAGAAAUAGUAAUACCCAAGAAAGUUAGACAAUUGAAAAAUCUCUAACUCGCAUUGAAUGCAUCUCUAUAAGCAUCGAGAAUCGAGAGCAAUAGUAUCGCGCAAUAGUAUAGUGUGUAUAUAGUAUUGCAUGCACAUACGAACAUAUAUAAUGUAUACAUAGGUAUAAUACGUACGUAAUGCAAGCAAAUGGUAUGUAUGUAUGCAAGUACGCACUGUUAAGCGAUGUAAGAGGUGUAAGAUAUCUAAUCCCUCUCCACAUUACAUUUUUUACGAUCUUACAAUUUUUAAUUGUCUGUUUCAUUUAAAACAAACCAAAUCGACAAAAAUUGCUCAAUAAGAAAGAAAAACAGAACAUCUAACGAAUUCACGGUUCUUUCUCUCAAUAUGCCUCUAGCUUUAAGAGUUGGCUGAUUGCCAGUACGAGCUAUUUCCGAUCUAUGUAACUCAACGGAAAUUUAGUUGGCUUUUUUCUUUAUUGUUAGUCAUGUGUAAUGUUACCCUCGCAAAAAAUUAUGUUCGCGAAUAGCUCAACAAUAAAUGUUAUUAAAAGUAUAGUUCACGUACAGUUCGAGCAAAAUAUAUAUCUAUCUUAAAUCGCAAAUCUUUUUCUAUUGUUUUAUGAUGCAUUAACAGGCUCGGUUUCUUUUGUUUUAUUUUAUUUUUAUGAAUAUAUGAAUGUAGAUUGAUAGGAUGAACAUCAUUAAUGUCAGUACAUGCACAUUUUUAUCUCGGUAAAGAACUAUUUGUAUAUGUAUCUAGUUUUCUACUUGUAUUCGCCUCUAUUGAACAUGACAUCAUUUCUUGCACUUUUGGAUCCCUUACCGCGAUGGUGGGGAGAAGGAGAAGUAGGAAGAAGGAGAAGAAGAACAAGCGAAAGAAGGAAAGAGAAAAAGAGAAACAAAGGGACUUAAAAAGUGGGAAGUCCCUCGUGAAGGCACUUAAUCCGUACCUGGCCUCAGUAUCAAGUUGUGCACACCUGCGUUCUAUCUAAUUUCGAUUGGAGAUAACAAUACACCUGUGUUAUGUACUUUGUCAUAGUUACCGAAUCAUUCUUAUUCUACAAUAUUAUUUUUAAAUUUUACUCUUGUAUAUAUGUAUAUAUAAUAAAAUCAGAUAGAAUCGUAAUAAAAGAAAGAGCAAUACGUAAGAACGAUGAAUGGAGUAGAAAAUGAGGUAGAAAAGAUACACAUCUUUGAUACUGAAUAAUCAUAUUUUAAUAACUUAAUGAUUGUACAAAUGGAUCAUUCUUGAACAUUUCCGUGUAACCGAGGAACAAUAACAAUAAAUACAGGAAUUAUCAUAAUUAUAUAAUGUUCAUUACUAAUGUAUAAUUACACAAAACAUAAACAACAUGUUUGCACUGCCUUUGCGUAUUUAUACGUAAGGUACAAGGUUUCUCAAUUUCUGAUUCAUCACACAAGUGUGCAUAUGUAUUAAUGACAGGGAAAUAAUAUACGUAGAAAUAUUCGUUAUAUCGUCAUUGUAUUCUAUACUUGUU